AUGGCAGAGCUCGAAGAACUAAAGAAGAAUCAGAAAGCAUACGCAGAAUCAGUGGCAUUACUGGCUAGAGAAAACCAGGAGCUCAAAAAUAAGAUAUCGAACCAACAUGACGAAGCUAAUUCAAAAGCACCAGAGCCAAAUCACGAUCGAAGAAUGGUCGUAACAAACGAAGCCAAUCUCGAUCCCUUGAACCAAGGACACAUCAGGGGAAACCGAUCGUCAGACCAAGAAUAUGAUCCCGAAGACUCGGAUUACUUCGAUAGUAAUGAUCGAAGACCAGGGCAAUCCGCAACAAUAGCCGGCUAUCAUCGUGCGAUGAAAGAUCUUCGUGCUGAAAUGAUGGAAAAGAUCAAGCAGCUGAAGUCCAGGCAAGGAUGUGGAAAAUUAGAGGAAGUCAUGAGAGAAGAUAAUACUACUCCUCUAGUCCCAAGCUUAGCCAAAGCUGAAAUCCCCAAGAAAUGUCUGAUUCCAGCAUUUGAAUGCUACGAUGGAUCCAGCGAUCCCGCGGCCCAUCUUCGGUAUUACAACCGUAUGUUGGCCCGAUGGGAUCAGGACGACGUGGUCCUCUGUAGAUAUUUCCAUUCGAGAUUGAAGGGAUCGACCCUGUCCUGGUUUGAUAACCUACCUCCCAACUCCAUCGGAUCGUAUGAGAAACUCACCGAAAAGUUUUUAAGAACUUACAUGUAUAACAAGGCCGUCCACGCUGGGAUGGACAAUUUAUUCUCAUUAGCCAUCAGAUACAAGGAGACGACCAGGGAAUACACGGAUAGAUGGCAUAAGAUAUGCCAGGCUAUAGGGAAUGUGGACCCAGUGGUCAGCAUUAACUGCUACAAGCGGGGUUUAGACAGGAUGAGCCCGUUGUUUGUCGAGAUUCAUGGGAGUGUACCCACGAGGGAAGGGAAUCUUCGAGUAAUCAUCGAAAAACACGCCAGGUUGGAAGAAAUCCAACGAGAAAAUCCGAGGGCUCAUGCUCAAAGGUCUCAUCGAACUAACUCCACAGAGCAGGCCAGCGGAUCGAAAAGAGGUUCGAUCGAACGCCCAUACGAAGAUAAGGAAGGAAGAAGAGGUCCUCGAAACGAUGAUCGAAGGUUCGAAGAUCGAGUUUACACAAAGAUAAACACAAGUUACGCUCAAAUUUUAAAAGAAAUUAAGGGUCGAGAAAACUUGGAAUGGACAUGGUCAAAAGGAAAGCAACCCCCAAGAUCCGGAAAAUCGAAGGAAUACUGCGACUACCACUGUUUCAGUGGGCACCCAACCGAGAAGUACAAGAACUUGAAGAUAAUUGUCCAAAAGCUUAUCGACAACGGAGAACUGAAGCAAUACAUAAGGAAGGAAGAAGCAGAUGACAGGUCGAAUCGAAGCAAACAAGUUCAACUGCCUGAAGGCAAUCGAACACUAAACACCAUUUCGUGUUCGGAAGCCGCUGGACCAUCGUUAACAACGCAGAUUGGAAAAAGGCUGAGAAAGCAAUUCGAAGACUACUGCGAGCUGUACAAGAUCGAUGGGGUAGAGAUAGACGAUCACGAGCAAUGGAUGGAUGCACCGAUCACUUUCGAGGCAGAUGAUGUGGAGGAAGACAUGGAGGAUCACAAUGAUCCUUUGAUUCUCACACUUCCCAUAGUAGGGUGCAACAUCAAGAAGAUCCUCAUUGACGGAAGAAGUUCAGUCAACGUCUUGUUCUAUGAUACGUUCAAACGAAUGGAGCUAAACGACGAGCAGCUGAUAUCUUCGUACCACACCAUUUAUGGAUUCAACGGGGCUCCUACGAAACCACUGGGGAACAUUGUUCUACAAAUAAAUGCAGGACCGAUGAAGAUAGACACCCGUUUCAGCGUGGUAGAUGCUCCUUCCCCCUACAAUGCUAUCAUCGGACGAAGAUGGGUACACAAGCUCAAGGGGAUAAUAUCAACUUAUCACCAGUGUCUUCGAUUCCCAUCACCCGAAGGGAUAAUGGAGAUCAAGGGUGACCAGGUCACUUCUCGGGAAUGCCAAGCUAUGCAAAACCAGCUCAAUAACGAGCUAGAGGAGCAACGGAAAUCCCGCAGAAUCCGGAACAAGGAAGAUGCCAAAGAAAAGGCCAUUGAUUUGUACCUCGAAGGAAUCGCAGGAAAAAGCCUGAUGAAGGGGGGAGACGUCCAAUGCGCUGAGGCAAGUACCUCAGCGGCCAAGACGACAGAGGAGCCUACCAAAUAA